AUGCCGACCGUCAUCCAAACUUUACGUGGCAAACAUCUUCCAAAAGGUUUCAAUCACCCUUUGGACCCACUGACUCCCAAUGAGAUCCCCGCUAUGAUGCUCGCCGUUCGGCAUUACAUCGCUGCGAAGACAGAAAUCAAGGCCAUCAAAUUCAAUACAUGCUCUUUGCUACCUGCACCAAAAAGAGCAGUGUUGGCGCACCUUGGAAUUACCCUGACACCUGGGGGGAAGCCCAAGGAGCUGAGGUCUUAUCAGUGCCCCCCUAAUUCCUGCAGGAAUCCGGUCAUUCCGGCGGAUUCCGGUGGAUUCCGGAGGAAUGAAAUUUGGCAGGGAGGCCUGCUAUUUUCACCAUUCUGGUGCCUUACCAUUCCGGCGGAAUUUGGGCAUUCCGGAAUUGACACCGGAAUGAUCCGCGGAAUGCACAGGAACGGAAUGCAACGGAAUCCGGUCCUUUGUUUGUUUGUUUUACUUCUGUUACCAAACAAAGGCAACGUUACCAAACAAAUUCAAGACCAUGCCUUUUUUUUUUUUUUCCACCACCAUCAACCAUCCUCUUCCCCACCCCCACGACAGCCACGAUAA